ACCAACAAAUGAAGAAUAGGCUGGUGUUCUCACAGCUGCCCUCAUCUUCUCCUCUUCUAACCAAAUGUUUGUUCUCAACUCUGUUGUCUAUUAGUUCUUGCAAAAGGCUCAGACAGUGACAGCCUUUUACUUCAGAACAGAAUGCCUUUUGGAGGAGGAAACAAGUGUGGCUGCUGCCAGAAAACCGUCUACUUUGCUGAGGAAGUGCAGUGUGAAGGGAAGAGCUGGCACAAAUCCUGUUUUCUGUGCAUGGUCUGUAAAAAGAACUUGGACAGCACGACUGUGGCGGUGCAUGGAGAUGAGAUCUACUGCAAAUCGUGCUAUGGCAAGAAGUAUGGGCCAAAAGGCUAUGGAUUCGGAGGAGGAGCAGGAACCCUGAGUAUGGACACAGGAGAAGGACUUGGAAUCAAACCUGAAGUACAAGUUCCUCACCGACCUACAAAUAAUCCCAACGCCUCCAAAUUCGCCCAGAAAUCAGCAGGGUCAGAAGUGUGUCCACGAUGUGGGAAAACAGUGUAUGCAGCAGAGAAGGUUAUUGGUGGGGGAAAUUCGUGGCAUAAGGGCUGUUUUCGCUGUGCUAAGUGUGGUAAAGGCCUGGAGUCCACAACCCUUGCUGACAGGGACGGAGAGAUCUACUGUAAAGGCUGCUACGCAAAGAACUUUGGCCCGAAAGGCUUCGGUUUCGGGCAGGGUGCAGGAGCUCUGGCUCAUUCUCAGUGAACCCGGAGGCCGCAGCCAACAAGGGACUGACAGCUGGUGUGCUCUGAUAUUGCAGCUUCCUGGGUCUUUGCAUCAAUAUCUAACCUUUCACUUUUCGCUGUAGGCAGUUGGCAAUGAUUCACAAAAGAAAUGGCUUUUUUUACACGCUUACCAGGCAGAGUGAGGUGCUUUGAAGGGAGGUGCACAUGAGCUAAACACUUAAAAAACUGAAAUUCAUCUGUUUUUUUUAUAAGUAUAAUGUGUUUCACGUCAGUGUUUAAUGAUGUGGUAUGAAAAUUAAAGAUUAUAGCUGCAAUGUGAACAUGUGGUGUUUUAAUUAAUAUUGAAAAUAUUAAAGUGAGUAUGAAUAAAUGGAAAUCAAUGUAUGUCAAAGGUUGAUUCAGGCUAGUAGGUUAUGCUUGAGGUGAUCAAAAUAAAGUCUUACACAUAUUG